GCAGUCUUCAGCAAAAUUUCGAUCCGUGUGAACGUCGCGUUUUCGUGUUCCGCCCGCGAGGACCAGUAAAAGUGCAGUAGCAGCAGCACAAAGAGUCAUCUGUGACGAGAGGCAGAGAAAAAAAAACUAAAUUGCCCGUCUAAUUUGUUCAUAAAUUAGAAUAAGUAAUUGAUUGGUGGAAAAAGUUAAUGGUUGCAGUGAAUUCGGAUAGGAAAAAAGAUAAUAACUAUACUGCAGCACUUCAGAAGCAUCUCGUAGAGAAUUUUUGCGCAACAAGAAGUUCCGCCCAGUUGCUGGGUUGAGGUUGUUUUCUUUCUGCGUGGAGUGUUGUCUGUCGGUGCGUGAAGCGGAUUCGAGAAGGUACUAUUUCUGCUGUGAAGAAGUGUGGCGGGUGGUGUGAAAUCAUCCGACACACUCGCUCGUGCUGUAGAAUUUGUCAUCACCGAGCGAGGGAAGUGAUCGCAAUACAUAUCGUACGAUUUUUUGGUGCCAAGGUGUCGUCGGACACAACGUCAGUAUAGAUAGAAGAAGAUCAUCAUGCCACCUUCACGACUGGACGGACUGUACCGAUCCCUGCUGUUGACAAAGUUCUUCACCAAAGGCUGGGGCAAACCAGAAAAUCUCGAAAGACUAUUCAACUUCCGGAAAAUCAUCUCCAACCGAGCGGCCUGCUCGAAGCUCGUUCCACCGGACUACCCGAUCGAGAUCACCAAGGAGGAGGUCACCUCCGACUGCAAACUGCUGACGGGCAAGUUUAAAACCCCGCUGGAAAUUUACCUACCCGGGCUGGUGCCGGAUGUGGUGCAGGAUGCGCACUUCCAGAUCGUGCUACCCCUUAAGUGGAGGGACGAACGCUUCAAGCCGAUGUGCAUCCAUCUUGCCGGAACCGGUGAUCAUUAUUUCUGGAAACGACGGAAUCUCAUCGUCAAACCGCUGCUGAAGGAAGCGAAUAUUGGAGCGAUUAUUUUAGAAAAUCCUUUCUAUGGAGCUAGGAAGCCAAAGGAUCAAAGGGCGUCCAGUUUGCACAAUGUAUCGGAUAUUUUCGUUAUGGGCGGAUGUCUCGUUUUGGAGUCGUUGGUUCUGUUGAACUGGUGCGAACGGAAUGGACUGGGUCCUCUCGGAAUCACUGGUCUAUCGAUGGGAGGCCACAUGGCCUCAUUGGCCGCUACAAACUGGCCCAAACCGUUGGUCCUCGUUCCUUGUCUCAGCUGGUCGACGGCAUCUUCUGUUUUCACCGAAGGCGUCAUGAGUCAUUCCAUCAACUGGGACGUGCUAGAAACGCAGUACUUCUCCGAUGGUAACUACAAAGAGAGACUUUCAAAAAUGGUAACCGUUGUCGAUGAUGCAUUCAAGGCUGGACGGAAUUUCAUGCAAAACUUCAACCAAUCUGUGGAAGAACUCAAGCAGGAUAUCUCCGAUACCAACGAUCUGGUGUGCGGUGUUCCUCAAAACGACGUCAACCUGACGAUCAUUCGCGAAACGACUCCCGAAUGUGAGCAGAAACGCAUUCAAAUCAACCAAACAAACGUUCUGAACCUUUCGGAACCGCUUUUAAACAAACUGCUCUCGGAUGUCAAGAGUGAACUUGAUCAAGCCGAGAUCGACGAGUUGAACGCAAAAAUUCAACUUGCUCUCAAAAACUACAAAGAAGAAAACAAGACUGAAAGCAACAAUCUGAUUCUCGAGGUAAAAACCGAAGGUUCACCGGAAACGGCACCAUCCAAAUCUUUGGGAAGCAAAAUUUUGGAAUUCGUGACCUGGUCCAGUAAUAGUUCGAACACAAUCGAAACUUCGCCUCCGACGGAGAAACGAACCCCAAUAAACAUCAGCAAAACCCGCUGGUGGGAACGUGAAGCGCUUCAAUUCAUGCGCGGCAUGAUGGACGAAUGCACACACCUGAAAAACUUUUCCGUUCCCUACGAUACCUCACUGAUCAUCGCUGUUUGCGCCAAAGACGAUGCCUACAUUCCACGGGACGGGUGCUCCAGCUUGGAGGAAAUCUGGCCCGGUGCCGAAAUUCGCUAUCUGGAUGCCGGUCAUGUCAGCGCCUACGUGCUGCACCAGAAGUUGUUCCGUUCGUGCAUCAUCGAAGCAUUCGAGAGAGCACGCCAAAAGUGGAUUCCUCAGCAGGAACAACGAUUCGAGGAAAUUACCGGUGACGAGAACGGCGGCGAUUCUACCAGAAAAUAGUUACCGCGGCCUCCGAGACGGGACUCCCUGGGCACACGGGCUGUGAUAACACCAUACAAAGAUUAAGCGAUCGAGUUCCCUCUCAAGCGGAAAAGAUCCACCUACAACGGAAGAUUGUGAAAUACAACAUCCUAAAUCAAUAAAGCGAUGAAAGCGUCUGUCUUGAAAAACGAAAGGUUCACACUAGUGGUACCUAGACGAAGGAAACAAAUGCGAUUUUCAACUUUACUCCCGAUCCGGAAGUAAUAACUGAAAGUUGAUCAAUCAAAGCUCAAUACGAGGGCACACAUCAGUGUUUCAGAUUCGAAGCAAAGUUUGUUCUUUUUUUAUAGUCAGUAUUUCCUAGAAGAAAUCCAAAUUGUACCAAUCACUUCGCAUUGUGUAGUUGUUUAAAUUUAUAUUAAAGUCAUGAAUGCGUGUAUGUACCAGCCAUAAUUAGAUGUUUUUAUUUUGCGCCCAAAUAAAGGUUUUAAGUAUAAAAUGUUGAAGUA